UUAAACCCCAGUCUAGCAGUAGGAUCUGACUCCAAGGAUGUUUGAUUUGGAAGGAGGGUGGAAUGUCUCUUUUGCCGGUUGUGGGUUUUUGGGGGUGUAUCACGUCGGUGUUGCAAGUUGCUUUCAAGAAAAAGCCCCCUACCUGAUCAGAGAUGCCAACAAGAUCUACGGGGCAUCUGCUGGUGCCCUAACUGCAGCUGCCCUGGUGGGUGGAGCCUGCCUAGCCCAGUGCUGUGCAGAUGUUAUGGAUGUAGCUAAAGAAGCCAGAAAGAGGAACCUGGGCCCCCUGCACCCAACCUUUAACCUGGUAAAGAUUUUACGAAACGGGCUCUACAACAACCUACCGGAGAACGCCCACGAGCUGGCGACAGGGCGGCUGUGCAUCUCUCUCACGCGCGUGGCCGACGGGGAAAACGUCCUGGUGUCUGAGUUCAGCUCCAAGGAUGAGCUUAUCCAGGCACUAAUCUGCAGUUCAUUUGUCCCCAUUUACUGUGGCAUAAUACCACCAUCGUUUCGGGGAGUGCGCUAUGUAGAUGGAGGAAUCAGCAACAACCUUCCUCGAUACGAGCUGAAAAACACCAUCACCAUCUCACCAUUCUCUGGGGAGAGUGACAUCUGUCCAAGAGAUAACUCCAGCAACUUCCAUGAACUGCGAGUUGCUAACACCAGCAUCCAGUUAAGCUUGAACAACUUCUACCGACUGACCAGGGCACUCUUUCCUCCGGAGCCCAAGAUACUGGCAGAAAUGUGCCAGCAAGGAUACAAUGAUGCACUUAGAUUCCUGAAGGAGAACAAUCUUUUCAGGCUGCACGCCCCUGUCGUUAGCCUGGCGGAGGUGAAGCUCCCUGCACCUACCUGCUCUGUUGGAGAGAGGAACAGCCAGAUCAAACUUGUGAGCACUAUACCAACACAAGAGGAGACCACCAAGAACAGAUUACUAAGAGCCUUUAGUUUCUUGUGCAAACGGCACUGGUCUCUAGAUGAGCAAUUCAUUGAGAAUCUCCCGCCCGCACUCAGAAAAGCUGUUUUUGACGCCUGCAAAGAAAAGAGUGGUCUUUAUGCCCAGGUCUCCAACAUGCUGCCCAUCCGUGUGGCAUCCUACAUGCUGCUGCCCUACACACUUCCAGUGGAGUCUGCUUACUCUGUUGCUAUAAGGUUGGUAGAGUGGCUCCCAGACGUUCCUGACGAUGUGCGUUGGUUACAAGAACAACUGCGGCACAUCGCCGGCUCAGUUUAUCAGCAAGCCGUUCAACGAAUGGGGAAACAGCAGUCGAGCACACCACCUCUACGGAAAUGCAUGAGCCUCCCUCUCUCUCUAGAGAUGGACCAACCCUACCUUGGCCUGGCUGGAUAUCACCAGUUCUCCUCGGUGGACCUGGACAGAUGGUACUAGGGCUUUUACAGCCCACCCACCCUGCUAAGCAAACAAGCCCCCUCAGCCUGAUCCCUACCUCCUCACCCAGGCAGAUCUGCUACUUCACAAGCUUGCCAGAUGGGGUUAGAAAACUCUCCCCACACCUGCAAAAAAGAUGAAGUGUGACAACCUGAAAAUUUAACUCUAUGCAUUUGUGAUUUUGUUCAUUUAUUUACUCAUGGAGACUCCACAUAUGGUUUUCAGUUGCUCCUUAUUUUAAAGCUAAGGGGACCGAAUGACAAGGGGAUGUUAUAACAUCUAGGAAUUGUUUCCUUCCUGUACACCUAAGUCGAAUGAAUCUUCAAAGGGUUGGAUCAUUUCAAAGUCAGCAUCCUACUAGAGUUUCAUGUAUGGAUUAGCAAAAGUAUGAACCACAGCAGCAGAAAGUUCAAAUUUCUCUACCUCAGUUUUGUAUUUAUCAGAUAUAAAAAUCACUAUAAACCCUGAAUUAUUUAAUUUAUUGAUACUUUAAAAAGGAGGUUUUAACUGCAGGUAGUAUCAGAUUUAAAAACAAAAUGCCUUACAUUGAAAAUGUGUUUGUUUUUCUGAACCAUUAUUUUUUUAGGCCAGAAUUGGGUUAGCAAAGCUGUUAUCUGUAGGAUUUAUUAACAUUCACACAAAACUGAGUCUGUAUUGCCUUUAAGGGUCCAACCAUUCUGUGCAUAUAUACACACACACACACACACACACACAAGGUUAGGACAAGAUUGGUGUAAACUUCAAGAAAAACUGUAGAUUUGAUUAUAGUUCUAUAUCUGUUCUGAAUUUCAGUUUGGAAAGAAUUUAACUGCUUUAAUUUUUCCACAGAAUAAAUACUCUAUUGCAACAAAAGCCUUUUUAAUGUCUGUUAUUGAGGGGGUGUUCUUGAAUGAGACAUCCUCAUCUCUCCCUAAAUGUUCUUGCCAUCAUUUUCCAGAUCAGCACACCUCCUCCCUGACCCGAACUUGGAACAACCUUGAAACCAGUGCAUAAAUAAAUGGGGUCUAAAAUAACCAGAGAUGGUUGCUUCUUUCUUUAAUGGGUCAUUUGAUCGAGUUCUGGGUUUAGUUUACUCUUGAAAUAGUAUACCAUUACAGAAAAAAG